AUGGACUAUAAACUCAAUUCACAAAAUAUGGAGUUGACAUUCAGGCAUCAUUUGAAGUCGGGACGCCUUUCGGAAUCAACGUUAUCCGAAAUCUACAACUGCAUCAGAGCAAAAAUGUUUGCAACGGCAUCAAACGUCGGUGUAACGAUAGGAGGGCUUCCUUUAGAAAAAAAGCUUGCCAGAUUAGCAAAUAGAAUUGUGUCAACGGUCAGAAAAAUGUUAUCCUUCCUCCACGAUCGAAUAAGCGAUAUCCAGCUUGCUGUCGUUGAAACAUCGGUGUCCCUGUUUCAGGUAGCCUGGAUGCUCUUCGACAAGAGCGCGAUACUGACGGUGCACAAUCACGUCAUCACGAGGAACCCGCGGAUAUCGGUGUCCCACGAUAAGCAGAGGACCUGGUACCUACAUAUCAGCAACGUGCACGAGGAAGACAAGGGAAAGUACAUGUGCCAGAUUAAUACGAUCAUCGCCAAAACGCAGUACGGCUUUCUCCACGUCGUAGUGCCGCCCAAUAUCGACGACACGCGCACCUCGUCGGAUGCAAUAGUAAGGGAGGGGACAAACGUGUCUUUAACGUGCAAGGCCACCGGAAGUCCGGCGCCCAGCAUCUCCUGGAAAAGAGAUGAUCACUCGAAGAUCUCAAUCAAUAAGACCCUACUAGUCGACGAGUGGCACGGCGAGACGCUGGAAAUGUCGCGAAUCUCCAGACUCGACAUGGGAACGUACCUCUGCCUUGCCAGUAAUGGCAUUCCUCCUGGUGUCAGCAAGCAAAUCAAAGUGUCGGUCGACUUCCCGCCGAUGCUGUGGAUACCGCACCAAUUGGUGGGCGCCCCUUUGGGAUCCUCCGUAACCCUCGAGUGCCACACGGAGGCGCAUCCUACGUCUCUGAAUUACUGGACCAGGGACGACGGGGUCAUGAUCCACGAAAGUAGCAAGUACCAAACCAACAACACCCAGGGCUCGCCUUCCUACAAGACGCACAUGAAGCUCACGGUAAACUGGAUUAAGAUGGAAGAUUAUGGCAUCUAUAAGUGCGUCGCGAAGAACCCUCGAGGAGAUACCGACGGUUCGAUUCGUCUGUACGAGUCCAGUCCUCCGAGCACGACCCCCAGUCCGGCCACCACCGAACUCUCGAGGAAAGAGUGGGAGACGCUAGCCGAGAUGAACAAUUCCGUUUACGGGAACCCCAGCUCUCUGACGAUCCACAACGAAAAGAGCAUGAAGACGGGGAGCCAGUUCCAGUCGAACCUAAACGAGAUCGGCAAGUCGGAGCAGAAGUCGAGCGACUCGGACAGGAAGAGGAACUACAACUGGCCACCACUAACCACCGACCUCGCCACGAGAACCACGACAAGAUGGACGUUCCUGCUGAUCGGCCUGAUGGCGGUCGGAGUGAUCCGAUAAACCGGAA